AGGCAGAAACACGCGAAUUUUACCGCACUCAUCGGACCGUGGAAAAACUUUCUUGAUUGGGAUAACUAUGAUGGCACUGGAUUCAUAUCCGCAUCUCUGACUCCCCCGCCAACACUAGUGUUGUAAUCUCCUUGCUUUUCAUCUUGCUAGGUCAUCGUCAACCAUGGCGAAUGUCCACCAGGAUGGUACAACCAGGGCCUGUAAAUGUCUCAAUAUUCGAAUACAAUCUAGGCAACCGCCACUGCAGAGCACGCCUCCAGAAUUUCUCAAGGACAGUGUAACAGAUUCGGACUAUACGCUGAUAUAUGUUGGUCAAGAUGGUCUCACCGUGGCUCAUCCUCAAGUGACGAUGAGAACUCGCAAGAUGGGUCCCUCUCUGGGCGAUACAAAUCGAUGCAUCCGGUAUACGACGUUGACUUGUUUAUUAUGUCAGACCCUCGCAUAUCGUGUACAACAGUUAGUCCCACUGGAUGUGGAGGGUCAAGAGGGACCAUUACUUCCGACUUAUGAUUGGGUCGAGCAAGACAUACUGAUGAGUAGUUGCGGCUGGAUUGAGGUACACGCCGAGUGCCUGGAUUCUGAUGCCGUCUUCAAACUCUUGUCGUCAACGACAUAUUCCCCGAUUUUCAAUGUUGCUGUGCCGCCAAGUACCUCCACGCCGUCUGCGCAGCCCUCCUACAUCGCCACUACUGACGUGUCGCGCUCCCGAGUACUUUCCGAACCCAUAUUGUCAAAUUUACGUCCCUUGUUUCCACCCGCGCCCUUUGUACCUUCACAUCCCGUUUUUGCUCACCUGUCGUCCAUAGCCACAUCCCAGUCGCAAGGUCUAAGAUCGUCCGCUGAGGAGCAAUUCACCGCUCUCAUACGGGAUAAAGUCGCUGAAAUUGAGAAGGCCGAAGAAGAUUUGAAAAGAGCUGUGGAAGGUCUAUGGAGAAGAUUCAUCGAGAGCUUAGGUCAGACGGAGAAGGAUUGGAGCGCUUCCGAUGUCGCUAAGCGGAGGGACCCUACAAGAAAGCCCAAUAACAACAAUGCAGGGGGCCCGGCUAUUGGUUCACCGGUGGUUUCCAUACGGGACUUCGUGCCUGUUGUUAGCCCCGGUAGAAUGGUUUCCCCCGCGUCAUCGAUACCAAGAGUAUCUUCGCUCUCUGCUUCUCUUGCAACUUCAGCAUUUCACCAUCCUCGUGCUCUUCAGGAACGAAAUAAUUCUGGGCAGGCAAGCGAUACUUCUCGGUCGCCACCGCCUUAUUCAUCCCAUCCGUCAUCUGUCGGAUCAGCUGACAGUCGGUCACCGUCGACCUCUACUUCAUCUAGAGAACUACUACCGCUGCCAACGACAGGUGAAAGUCUUAUUCAGCCGUUUAAACGCAGCAUGGAUGAGGCUCGGGACACGGCUGCGAGCUUCCGAUAUUUUAUAGAUAUGGAAGCUGAGAUGGAAAUUAUGCGCGGACGUCAGCGACUCCAAGCAACCGGAACGAAUACUGCAGAGACGUGGAAGCCGACCGAAGGUGCGCAACCGAGUAACGCUUCCAAUUCUGCCAGCGCACCCGAUGACGAAGAGAACAAGUCGAGGGGAGCGAAGGAGGCCCGAAUGCAGAAGCCAGAUCACGGCAGGAAUGGCAAUGAGUCGAGGGGGAAGCGCAAGGUAACAUUUGACAUUAAACCAGACGCGCUGAUAGCCGACGGGCCGAAUCCGGAGAAAAAUGGAAGUGGUCAAGGACGUGAUGUGCAAGACAUGAUGAUAUUUGAUCUGGAUGGUGAAAGCAGUGAUCGAGAUUCCUCAGACGCACCUGUCCUUCCAUUCAAAGAGAUUCCUCACAUUCCCCGACGGCGUACACGCAUCCGCAACAGCACGAGUCAUGUUGGCCUGCCAACAUCUCUAUUAUCAUUGAGACCGACCUCCUUACCCGCCUAUGCUUCUCUGCAAGCCCAGACAACUAAACGUGACUGGACGUUUAGACUACAAGCCCCAACCUCUGAGCAGUUACCCACCGAAUGUAACCGACACACCAUUGAAGUCGAGGCUCUCGGGCCUACUAGUCCCCAGGAACAAGAAAUUUUGAAGUUGGUUGCCGCUGAUACCCCGAGUCACAGAGGCGCUUGGAAGCCCAAUAGCAGAGCGUGGCAGUUGUUUGUCAGCAGACAAGGUGGAAAGAACGGGUCGGCUGGAGCAUUUAUACCAGAGGAGGGUGAAGUCGGCGUUACUGUGAGUGACACAGACGACAGUGACGAUAUAACUUCAGGUCAGUUUUUUCCUUCCCUUCAAUCGAGUUGCCAUGUUCAAGAUUACUUAGGUGCACGUUAUCAUCCUCCAGGAGUCCCGGGGUCGUUACCCAUCAGAAUUGGGCCACUAUCACGCAAACGAGAACCUCUAUCAUUGGCAUCAUAUCAACCAAAGACAUCCCUUCCUGAUCGUGCUAGUGCGAUGGUGCCCCCUUUCCCUAAUGUGGUUGGUAGGUAUUCUGCUUCCGCUUUGCGGAAAGCUUCGUAUGCCGCUCGUGAUCGUGACCGUUCUAUGGACCCUGGAACGCUUGAUUUUGUCUCGCAAGAAGAUGAGGGUGACGAGGAUGACGAGAGUGAUGAGGAACCUUCUCAAAUGGACCUUCCUGAUGAAGCACGGGGAAGACAACGGGCUCUCAAGAUACUUGAAGCCCGAAGUAAACUUCCAGCGGCUGGGAUGUGGAGAAGUCUGGCGUAAGAUCUGGUUCAAGUUAGUGAUUUACAUUAUUCUUUCAAUAAUAUCCGUGCUUCAUCUACUUUGCACCUUGAUAGCCUACUUGUACCAAUACUAUCUGUUGUACAUGGUACGGAUGUUUUGGCUUGCAUUGAAUCUCAUCAUGGUUGCGGAUGUAACUACUGACUUUAUGUAAUUUUUGAAAUCUGUGGCAUCGAACAUCACGAUAGAA